GCCCGCCGAGGGCCGCCAGGCACCCAGUGUCCGGGCCUGGCCUGCGCUCAGCACCUCGCUUUUUAACCCGAAGGGACCCCUGGAAAGUUUCUGUGGCGGUUGAGCGUGUUUUUUGUGCCAGAGGUUCUGCAGGUGUUUGGCCGGAAGACUUUCUUCAGCGAUGUGGGUGCACUGACGUUUGCACCGAGGAGCAGCGAUACUGUUAUUUGUAAUCUCUUGGCAGGGUGGCCAGGAUGUCGCAAGGGAGGUCGAGGACGGUGCUCUCCAUCAGAGCUCAUCUUAAGGAGGAGCUUUACCCUGCUUCCUCUGUGAGCAGCAUCUCCUGUGUCAGAGACCCAUCAUGCAGCCACCACCCCAGACGCUCCCACCUGGCAUGGCUGGACCCCCUCCGGCUGGGACUCCUCGGAGCAUGUUCUGGGGUAGCAGUGGCUACAGGAGGCCGGCCAGUAGCAGUGCCCUGGCGGCUCCACCUUGCCCACAGCAACCAGUCACGGAUCCGUUUGCUUUUAGUAGACAGGUGCUCCAGAAUAGCCCCCUGGACAGUUCUCCCAGGAGCAGCCUGCCUGCUGGGCAUGACUCAGCCCUGCCAGUGUUUUCUCAGUGGCCUAGCUUGCCUGCGCCUCAUGCCAGUCCUGGAGAUGGUACCCGAGGGCCCCAGGAGCCUCCACCAGGACCUCUGUCACAGCCCGGAGCAGAUCCAUUUCCAGCUGUGUCCAUCCCUCCAUCGCUGCCAGGGCAUGAGAUGAGCCGGAUUGCUGAAGUUGGUUUCAGCUCUGAGCCUGAAGUUCUGACUCCGCUGCAUCCAACCCACCACAUUCCAGGAGGAGGUCCUGACCCGUUUCAUGGGGGCCACUGGCAUGGGAGUGGGACUGGGCUGGAGCAGGCUCUGAGCAGGCACACUCUGAGUGAGGGUGGCGUGGCCUCAGCAGCAGCAGCAGCAGCAGCAGCAUCCCCGUACUUGCCCCAGCCUCGGCCACAGAUGCCAGCGCAGUGGGGGCCAGUGCAGGACAGCCCCCAGCCCUCCCAGCAGCAUCCCUCACCUUGCCCAGAAGGACCUGUCCAGAGCAUGGGGCCCCAGGCCACCAGCACUCCCUACUUCCCUGCCCCGUCGAGCCUGCACCAUGGGCCUGGCUGUGAGCCCCAUGCCCAGCUAGCAUCUCUAGCACCUUUGCCCAGUGGCAGAGGAAGCGAGGUAGCCCCCUUGCAAAGUGGAAACCACUUAGCAGAUAACUUCCACCCUGAAAAUUCAUUUGGGCACAAGUCCAGGAUUGGGAAUAUGUGGGAAAGCCAGGAGUUCAGGCAGAAUCCAGGACUGAGUAAAGAGCAUUUCCAGGACCCUGCCCCUGGGAAUCCCCUUACCCUGGGAAAUAGCCCGGAAAACCACAUUCACUACCCCCCAGUGGCUGGGACUGGCCAGGCCCCACUGGAAACAGCCUCAGGAACGCUCUCCAUGUUUUUCCAAGGGGAAGAGACCGAAAAUGAGGAGAAUCUCUCAUCUGAAAAGGCAGGCUCUGUUGGCCGAUUGGACUUUGAUGGUUUUUCCCCCAGCCCGGGACUGGGCCAUCCACUCCGCCCUGCACACGUCAUUGGCGGCGUCCACCAGGCCUUUCUCCAGGGAUCCCACAGCGAGACCACGCAGCAGGAGGGAGGCGCACAGCCUUACUUCCCUCAGUCUGCAGGCAUCCAAAACGAUAAACAAACCACUAACAGUGCUGCUAGUGACACUUGGGGUGACACAGAGAAUGCAGGGACUGGUGAUGCUAGCAGCUCACAGUACGAGAAUGUCGAAAACCUAGAAUUCAUUCAGAAUCAAGAAGUUCUGCCCAGUGAGCCACUAAGUUUGGACGCCUCCUCCUCAAGUGACCAGUUCCGAUAUGGGCCCCUUCCCGCACCAGCUGUCUCCAGGCACGGUAUCGUGGGCCUCACCCGAGGUGGGGCGCUGAAUCUCGAGGCCCCGGACACACCCGUGCACCCAGUGCGAUCUGACAGCAUGUCAUCCAGCUACAGUAGCCAGAGCCACCGGAGUCUCCCUGGAUCGGCCAGGUCCCAGGAGCUGGUGGGCACGUUCAUCCAGCAGGAAGUGGGAAAGCCUGAAGAUGAGACAACAGGCAGUUUUUUUAAGCAAAUCGAUUCUUCUCCUGUGGGAGGCGAGCUAGAGGAGGUCGGUGGGAGCCAGAAUUACUACAGCACCUUGUCCCAGCCCUCAACCCCAAGCCCCCCAAAACCUACAGGGAUAUUCCAGACAAGCGCAAAUAGUUCUUUUGAGCCAGUAAAGUCCCAUUCAGUUGGGGUGAAGCCGGUUGAGGCGGAUCGCGCCAACAUGGUGGGUGAAGUGAGGGGCACCCAUGAGCACAUGAAGAAGUGCAGAUCUGUGGCCACACCACCCGACACCUCCCUGGGCAACCUGGAGCAACCUCCAGACAACAUGGAGACACUGUUUGUACCCCAGGCCUGCCCCCCACCUCUGCCCCAGACUGGGGAAGCUGGACACACGGCACCUCCCUUGGAUGCGGUGCGCCCGACUCUGGAGAAGAGGCCCUUAGCCAGGGCCCAGGGGCCCGCGAAGUGCGAGAGCCCCGCAACGACUCUGUGGGCACAGAAUGAGCUGGCAGACUUUGGUGGCAAUGUGCUUCUGGCCCCUGCUGCUCCUGCACUUUAUGUACCUGCAAAGCCUCAGCCACUGGCGGUUGUUCAGCCUCCAGAAGAGGGGCUGCCUGGGCAGCAGUCUCGGAAGCCAGGCCCUGCCCACCCCUUGCAGAGCCAAGCCCACGUGGGUGCUUCUGAGAACCUGGAGAACCCUCCCAAGGUGGGUGGCAACGAAGCCCUUCAGUCCCAGGCAAGUUCCAGUUAUGCAAGUUUGCUGUCCUCACCACCCACCGAGGCUUUGCAAAAUCAGCCGGUCUUGAUUGCCCAGCCUGAUCAAAGCUAUAAUUUGGCUCAGCCCCUUAAUAUUUCUGUGUCCUUGCUAAAUCCUGCUGAGAAGAAUCAGUCCUGGGGAGAUGAUUUGGUGGGGGACAAAUCCACGGUGAGCAGCUGGGCUCUUGGUGCUGAUCCUGGUGAGCACACUGCUUUGUCUGGAGUCACACACGGCGCUGUGGUUGGCUUGUCUCUGCCUAACGGUCUCAGCCAAAGUAAUGUUCCACAUGGGUCUGGCUCUUCUGAAAUGGCCUCCAAUCAGCCUUCUAACUUGCUUGUGCAGCCGCUGUCCUUCCCAGUUUCUAAGAGCUCGCUGCUAGAAAGGCAGAAGACUCAUAAUUCAGAAAAGGUUCUUCCUGAGUUUGUUAAUAGCCCUGCUGGAGGCACAGGUGUGAUGUUAGUCCCCCCUGCCAGCAGUACCUCGAUGCCAAGCAGCACUAAGGCAAAUCACUCUGGUAACCGGGAAGAGGCCGCUGGAGGCUUAGACUUUACACCGAGUAGAACUUUGGAAAAUCCUGCAAGACUGUACAGCCCAUCCCAUUUGGAGGGCCCAGCCACCCAGCAGGCUGCUGCCAAUCCUCCCCGACAGUUGGGGCCUGGGGUGCAUGACCCAGGCCAUUUCUACCAGCAGGUGAGGGAAGAUGCACAGGACCAGCAAGGCCUGGGAACCCAGGCAGAGGUGGUGGCCCCUCAGCCACAGGCUUCUCUCCCACAGAUGCCCCAAGCAGCUUCAAAUGCAGAAAGUCCCCCUACAGGAAGACAGUCCCAGGACUCAGCCCAGCCACCAGCAAGUUCAGCCUUGGCCGAUGUGGGCCAGAAGCUGCUGCCUCAGCCACCUCAGUCCUCCAGUGUGUCGGCCACGUCCACCAACUCGAGCCAGGCAGGAGCGCGGCCUGAGCAGCCGUGGCUGCAGCCACCACCUUCGAGUGUGUUCGGCCCACCACCUCAGGACCUGGCAUCCUACUACUAUUACAGACCCCUGUAUGAUGCCUACCAAGCUCAGUACCCAGCGCCAUACCCAUCAGACCCUGGGACGGCCUCCCUCUGUUACCAGGACAUCUAUGGCCUGUAUGAGCCCCGAUACAGGCCCUACGACAGCUCUGCAUCAGCGUACACUGAGAACUACCGCUAUCCUGAGCCUGAGCGGCCCAGCUCCCGAGCGAGUCACUGCUCAGACCGACCCCCUGCCAGGCAAGGGUACCCUGAAGGGUACUACAGUUCCAAGAGUGGAUGGAGCAGCCAGAGUGAUUACUAUGCCAACUAUUACUCCGGCCAGUACAACUAUGGAGGGCAAGACACUUCCUGGGACAUCGUUCGCAGGGCUUCCACGCCUGCCUGGCCCAGCAUGGACUGCGGACAGCUGUGUCCUGGAGGAGCUGCAGCCCCCUGUGACUCCGCUGGCUGCCCCCACCUGGCCCUUCUGCUUCUCAGGACGGCUCUUUUCCCUUUGAAUGCUGAUGCGGGCCGCUGGGACCGCUACUAUGGCUCCCAAUUCCGGGACCCCCGCACCUGGGACCGGAGGUACUGGUACAGCUCCGAGUACGACCCGCCCCGGAAGGAUAGCUGUUCCCAUGGCGGCGGCAGGCCUGAGAAGGGCGAUGACCACUGGAGGUACGACCCUCGCUUCACCGGGAGCUUCGAUGAUGACGCAGAGCCGCACAGGGACCCCUAUGGGGAGGAGGUGGACAGGCGCAGCGUGCACAGUGAGCACUCGGCACGCAGCCUGCACAGUACCCACAGCCUGCCCAGCCGCCGCAGCAGUCUGAGCUCCCACUCGCACCAGAGUCAGAUCUACAGAAGCCACAAUGUGACUGCCGAAUCCUUUGAGGCGCCCCCUCCCCCAGGCUCCUUUCAUGGAGACUUCGCCUACGGUACCUACGGCAGCAACUUCAGUGGCGCUCAUGGCUUUUCAGAGUAUGGCUAUCCCGUGGACACCUGGCCUGCUGCGGAGCAAGUUCCGUCGAGACCGACGUCUCCCGAGAAGUUUUCAGUGCCACAUCUCUGUGCUAGAUUCGGUCCUGGCAGUCAGCUCAUCAAGGUGAUCCCCAACCUGCCUUCCGAAGGCCAGCCUGCCCUGGUGGAGGUCCACAGCAUGGAGACCUUGCUGCAGCACACAGCAGAGCAGGAGGAGCUGCGUGCGUUCCCGGGACCCCUGGGCAAAGAUGAGACCCACAAAGUGGACGUUAUUAACUUUGCACAGAACAAAGCGACAAAAUGUUUACAGGAUGAGAAUCUACUUGACAAAGAAUCUGCGAGUCUUCUCUGGAACUUCAUUAUCCUAUUGUGCCGGCAGAAUGGGACCGUGGUGGGAACAGACAUUGCGGAGCUAUUGUUGCGAGACCACAGAACUGUGUGGCUUCCUGGGAAGUCACCCAACGAGGCGAACCUGAUCGAUUUUACCAACGAGGCUGUGGAGCAAGUGGAGGAGGAGGAGGAGUCUGGCGAGGCCCAGCUCUCCUUCCUCAUGGACAGUCAGGCGGCGGUCACCAGCACCCUGGAGAAGGAGACCGAGAGGUUCCGGGAGCUGCUGCUCUACGGCCGCAAGAAGGAUGCUCUGGAGUCCGCCAUGAAGAAUGGCCUGUGGGGUCACGCCCUGCUCCUGGCCAGUAAGAUGGACAGCCGGACCCACGCCCGCGUCAUGACCAGGUUUGCCAACAGCCUCCCCAUCAAUGACCCCCUGCAGACAGUCUACCAGCUCAUGUCUGGGCGCAUGCCUGCCGCAUCCACGUGCUGUGGAGAUGAGAAGUGGGGAGACUGGAGGCCGCACCUUGCCAUGGUUCUGUCCAACUUGAGCAACAACGUGGAUGUGGAGUCCAGGACCAUGGCCACGAUGGGCGACACCCUUGCCUCCAAAGGCCUCUUGGAUGCUGCACACUUCUGCUACCUCAUGGCCCAGGUUGGAUUUGGGGUGUACACGAAGAAAACCACAAAGCUCGUCUUGAUUGGAUCGAAUCACAGCUUGCCAUUUUCGAAGUUUGCCACCAACGAGGCUAUUCAAAGGACAGAAGCCUACGAGUAUGCUCAGUCCCUUGGGGCCCAGACCUGCUGCUUACCUAACUUCCAGGUGUUUAAAUUCAUCUACUGCUGCCGCCUGGCCGAGAUGGGGCUUGCCACCCAGGCCUUCCACUACUGCGAAGUGAUUGCCAAGAGCAUCGUGACACAGCCCGACAUCUACUCGCCCGUGCUGAUCGGCCAGCUGGUCCAGGUGGCUUCCCAGCUGUGCCUCUUUGACCCUCAGCUGAAGGAGAAGCCAGAGGAAGAGUCCUUCAUGGAGCCCGCCUGGCUGGUCCAGCUGCAGCACGUGCACAGCCAGAUCCAGGAGGGCACCGUGCCCUGUAGCCAGGAUGGAGCUGAACCCUGGCGCUGUCCCAGCACGCCAGGCUCUGAGGUGGAGCAGUUGGAUGGCCCAGGACUCGGCCGGCUGGUGGGGCUGGGAACUGAGCCCUCCCUGCUCCCCGGCCCAGAGGGCCUGAGUCCAGGCGGGCAGCUGCCACCCUCAGCUCUGCAGACUCUCCCUGGUGGCCAGCCACCCCACCCUGCCAGGGUGCCGAUGUUCUCAGUGCCACUGGCCUUGGGCACCCAGGAGCCUGCACUCGGCUUCCCAGAGACCCCCAGGCCUGACCCUAUGGCUCUGUACCCUGGGCCAGGCCUGCCACUUGGCGCCCCGUCUCUGCAGGACAGUGGCCCCCUGCUGCAGGCCCGGAGCCCGGACCCAGUAGGGAUGGCGCCGCGGGAGUCACCUGUCCGAAACUCACUGCCCGAGCCAAGCGAAGAGGAUUUUGGCGGAAACUUUGCUAAUCUGGGCUCCCCGAGGAUGGCUCAGGACCUGGAGACGUCCCCAGCCUGGGAUAGCGCUGGCUCAGGACCACCACAGCCUGCUCUGCCUCUGACACCUGCACCUGAAGCCAAGAGAGCAGCGCCGGCAGCAUGGAAAGAGACCAAAGAACCCAAGAAGAGUGAGUCCUGGUUCUCCCGCUGGCUUCCCCGGAAGAAGAGGACGGAAGCUUACCUGCCAGACGACAAGAAUAAAUCGAUUGUCUGGGAUGAAAAGAAAAACCAGUGGGUGAACUUGAAUGAGCCGGAAGAGGAGAAGAAGGCUCCGCCCCCGCCUCCCACAGCCUUACCCAGGGCCCUGCAGGGGCCUCCCCCUGGGCCAGGUGGUCCUCCCGCAGCCUCCGUGAACGUGUUUUCCAGGAAAGCAGGUGGAUCCAGGGCUCGCUACGUGGACGUCCUGAACCCAGGCGGCGCCCAGCGAAGUGAGCUGGCUCUUGCUCCUGCAAACUUUUUCGCUCCGCUCGCCCCACUCCCGAUCCCUCCUAAUGUGUUCGUACCCAGCCCAGAUGCAGAGGAGCCGCCGCUUGCAGAUGGGGCUGGCAGUAGGGGGCAGGUGCCAGCUGGGGCUCUGGCCAAUCUGGAGCCUGUGGAGGACCCCAAGGUGUUGAGCUCGGCAGCAUUGCCCCCGGGUCCUGAGCUCCCUCCCUCCAGACUGGACCGCUCCCAGGGCGGCGAGCUGUCGCGCUGGAGCUCGGUGAGCUCGCUGUCCCGGGAAGUGGGCCAGCACUUCCAGCAGGCUCCCAUCGACCAACGUGCAGCAGGAGGCCCUGGCAGUGGGGCCACACCCCUCUACAGCCCCACCCAGGGAGCUCGAGGCCUGGGAGGAUUGGCCAGCGGAGAUACCCAGCACUCAACUAGCACCGUCCAUCAUCUGGCCUUGCAGUUGGGACCCUGCAAUGACUGUUUUCUCCCAAGAGCUGGACAGGCCACCCAGGGUCUGGUGGUCCCCAGGCAGACACAGCAGUAACUCAGCCGGUCAUACUGUGCGUCUCCCUCCUCCUGCCCUAUCUGUAUUCAUUAUUGCAAAGUUAAUUCCAUGGUCCCUUUAGGAUGCUGGUUACGUGAAUCUGACCCAAAUUGUUUCACAUAAAGGAUGAUUCUCCUUCCUCAGUCGCUAAGUAUAAUUUAGGGACACGGUACUCACAGACACCUGGGAGCAUCAGUGAAGGGAAGCUGGGGCCUGGCACGGUCCCACACUUCUGUGAGGAUCACGAGAGGAAGGAGUGGAUGCUCGGCCUGAGAGGAGCAGGCCCCGAUCUGCUGUGGCCUGGCUGUUGCACUCCCAUGGUUGGCGGUGGGUGGCAGCAGGGAGAGGCCCUGGUGACCGCGGGCCUGUUUCUGGGAAUGAAGACAUACAGCCUAACUAGGAGCUGGGUGACUCCAUGUGCCUGAGCCGGUGGCAUGGCGCUAUCAUCUGGAGAGCUGUUGUCCUGGAGCAGCCGGUCUGGGUUCCACCCCGAGUGCCGGCCUACGGAUGCCUGUCCUGGAGACGCCAGUGAGGUCGGGCUCAGAGAAGGGGCUCGCAGAGGCCUCCCACCAAGUGCCCACGCCAGACCGGGCCACGCACUGCCGAGCUUCAAGCCCCGGUGACUGUUCUUAAAACUUCUCUCGCUAGGGCUGGGGAUUUGGCUCAGUGGUUCCGCCACCUGCCUCGCAAGCGCAAGGACCCAAGUUCAAUCCCCGGUACCAAAAAAAACUUCUCUCGCUGACCUGUGGGGACUGAGGUGAUGGGGAGAGUCAGAUAUUUAUGAAAUCAGUAGGUAAUGUGGUAGGUUCUGCUGGGGGAACAUGAACGGUUCGUUUGGUAUUUUACGUAGAGAAACAGUAGAAUGUGGAAUUAGCUUAGCAUAGCCCUCCCCAGUUUCCUGGUUCACCUCAUUCCCCAGGCGAGACCCCAGAGUAGUUUCCAGAAGGUUCAAGACGAGGCUGCUUGGACCCCCGGCCCAUCACUGGGAAGCAUCCCCCGCCCGGACCGCCUGGGUUCCUGCAGUCCAGCCCUGCCCAGGCUCCGCAUCGACUGCCAGCCACUUUUGAUCUAAGAAGCUUCCUCCGAGGCAGGAGCUGCUAUUUUUCCUAAAUGCAAAUUGGUAAAUAAAAUAUUUUGGCCUCUCAAGCACCUAA